GGAAGCUCUGCGCAUGCGCACAGGAUGUAAACAAAGUAGCUUGGCAGCAUGAUUUGUUGGCGAAAUAAGAGCGGACAGAAAAUAAAAGUAGUCUGAUUCUAACUGACCUGAGAUCAGCUGUAAUGAGACUCAAUGGAGCCAGUGAAGAAACGACUGAGCGAGUUUUCACUGGAGGCUCACGGUCAGAGCAGUACUACUACUACUACAACUACUACUACUGCUACUACUGUUAAUACUACUGUUAACGAUCUGUAUCUGAACCGAUCGGUGCCGUACCUGGACGAACCACCUGAGCCUCUGCACUUCUACCGCGACUGGAUUGGUCCAAACAAACCCUGCAUCAUCCGCAACGCCUUCAGCCAUUGGCCAGCUCUGAGCAGGUGGACGCCAGAGUACCUGAGGAGGAAGGUGGGGUCAAAGGUCAUCAGCGUGGCGGUGACACCUAACGGCUACGCUGAUGCUGUCAGUGGCGAUCGCUUCGUGAUGCCUGAGGAGAGACAGAUGAGUUUCUCUUCUGUUCUCGACGUCAUCGAGGGGAAGGUGCAGCAGUGUGGGGUGCUGUAUGUUCAGAAGCAGUGCUCUAACCUGCUGCAGGAGCUUCCUGAGCUCACAGACGAUGUGGAGUCUCAUGUUCCGUGGAUGAGUGCGGCGCUCGGAAAGUUUCCUGAUGCUGUGAAUUUUUGGCUCGGAGAAGCGAACGCCGUCACCUCCAUGCACAAAGAUCACUAUGAGAAUCUUUACUGUGUGAUUUCUGGAGAGAAAAACUUCCUCCUGUUGCCGCCCACAGACCGACCCUUCAUCCCCUACGGUGUGUAUCAGCCGGCUGUUUACCAUCAGAAGGAUGACGGUGAGUUUGAGGUCGUCGAUCAGGCCGACUCUGAGAAGGUCCCGUGGAUCCCUCUGGACCCCCUGAACCCAGACCUGGAGCGGUAUCCGCAGUACCGCAGGGCUCGGCCGGUCCGCUGCAGCGUGAAGGCUGGGGAGAUGCUGUACCUGCCAUCUCUGUGGUUCCACCACGUCCAGCAGUCACACGGCUGCAUCGCAGUGAACUUCUGGUAUGACAUGGAGUACGACAUCAAGUACAACUACUUCCAGCUGCUGGAGUCGCUGUGUGAGGUCUCAGGGUUGACAUGACAUCACAGCAGCUGCAUGAUGUCAUCAUGAUGGUGAUUGGUUUAGAGUUUGAGUGACAGGUUGAAAAUAAAACAGUGAAAUGAUGAAAACCACA